CUGUGAAGAAUGGUCUCGGCAAAGCUGGAAGGGCUGAAACCCCAGCCACGCAAGAAAAGGUGGAAGAGCUGAAAGCAGACACGAGCAAAGUACAAGCUGCUCCCAGGCUGUGGACCAGCCAUCCCAAUGAAGAAGUCCUUCUGAGGCUGUCAAAACACGGAUCAGGCCACGAGACCCCGGUGACCAUCCCUGAGUUUUUCCGAGAAUCGGUCAACCGAUUCGGGCUGUGUCCAGCCGUUGCGUCAAAGAACGGCAAAAAGUGGGACAUUCUGAAUUUCAACCAGUACUACGAGGCUUGUCGGAAGGCUGCCAGGUCCUUGCUCAAGCUGGGCUUGGAGCGUUUCCAUGGAGUUGGCAUCCUGGGGUUUAACUCUGUGCAUUGGUUUAUUGCUGCCCUUGGCUCCAUCUUAGCAGGGGGCCUUUGCGUUGGUAUUUAUGCCACCAACUCUGCAGAGGCUUGUCAGUACGUCAUCACUCAUGCCAAGGUGAACAUCUUGCUGGUUGAAAAUGAUCAACAGUUACAGAAAAUCCUUUCGAUUCCACAGAGCAGACUGGGGGACCUAAAGGCGAUCAUCCAGUACAAGCUGCCGAUGAAGCAGAACAACAGCUACCUGUACUCUUGGGAUGACUUCAUGGAACUUGGCAGUAGCAUCCCCGACACCCAGCUGGAGCAGAUCAUUGCGAGCCAGAAGGCUAAUCAAUGCGCGGUGAUCAUCUUCACUUCGGGGACCAUAGGCCACCCCAAGGGAGUCAUGCUGAGUCACGACAACAUCACGUGGAUGGCAGGGGCAGUGGCAAAGGAGUUCGAACUGACCGAGAAGCAGGAGUCUGUGGUCAGCUACCUCCCCCUCAGCCACAUCGCGGCCCAGAUGCUGGACAUCUGGAUCCCUAUGAAGACCGGGGCGCUCACGUACUUCGCUCAGCCGGACGCUCUCAGGGGCAGCUUGUUAACCACUCUGCAGGAGGUAAAGCCUACCGUCUUCAUGGGGGUGCCCCGAAUUUGGGAGAAGUUGCAUGACACGGUCAAAGAACAUAGUGCCAAGUUUCCCAGCUUGAGGAAGAAGGUGUUUAUAUGGGCAAGAUCCACUGGCAUGCGGAUGAACACAAAAAGGAUGGCGGGCAGGAAACAUGAGACCACCAUGAGCUACCGCAUGGCUAAGAGGCUCGUGUUCAGCAAAGUGAAGAGCUCCCUGGGCUUGGAUCACUGUCACGUUUUCACUAGCACGGCCGCACCUCUCACCGAGGAGACCGCUGAGUUCUUCCUAAGCUUGGACAUGCCCAUAGGCGAGAUAUAUGGAAUGAGCGAGAGCUCUGGGUCCCACACAGUGUCCACGCAAAAUAACUACACCUUUCUAAGCUGCGGCAAGGUCAUGACCGGGUGUAAGAACAUGCUGCUCGAGCAGAACAAGGACGGCAUCGGGGAGGUCUGCAUCUGGGGCCGGCACGUCUUCAUGGGCUACCUGGAGAGCGAGGACGAAACGCUUGACGUCUUCAAUGAGGAGGGCUGGCUGCACUCUGGGGAUCUGGGCAAAAUGGACAACCAGGGUUUCCUCUACAUCACCGGCCGCAUCAAAGAACUCCUCAUCACCGCCGGCGGCGAGAACGUGGCCCCCCUUCCCAUCGAGAACUUGGUGAAGAAGGAAAUCCCCAUCAUCAGCAACGCCAUGCUAGUGGGAGACAGGGCCAAGUUUCUGGUCAUGCUGCUGACGCUGAAGUGCGAUAUGGAUCCGUGGACUGGAGAGCCUCUGGACCACCUGAACGUGGAGGCCAUCAACUUCUGCCGGAAGAUGGGCAGCAGGGCCUCCACCGUGACGGAGAUCGUGAAGCUGCGGGACCCGCUGGUCUACGCGGCCAUCCAGGAAGGCAUAGACGCCGUGAACGAGAAGGCCAUUUCCAACGCGCAGAAGAUUCAGAAGUGGAUCAUCUUGGAGAAGGACUUUUCCAUCUAUGGCGGGGAGCUGGGUCCAACGACAAAACUUAAGAGACAUUUCAUAAUCCACAAAUACAGAAGGCUAAUCGAUAACUUCUACCACUGACUGCUUUGGUGGAGCUGCUCUUGGCUGUCCUGAUGGUGAGCUUCAGUUGCCUGGCUUUGCUAGGCUGUGCGCUGAAUGAGUCCAACAGAGAGCUCCUCUGUGUGGCGGGCAGGUCCGUGAGCAGAACUGCAGAGGCCACACACACAGAGGAAGACCCUACUGCCACAGGGGAACUGCUGUUCUCGCUCCUGUUUUUAAAGAGCCGAACGCCCCGCUGGUCAGCUUCUUGACUGUCCACCUGGUGAAGAGGUGCCCGGCAGACCCUGUCACGCCCUUCAAAGCAAUAGGGUCACCAUAGACCCUUCUAUGAAAUGUCAAGGCAUGACCCCAGGAAAGGCUACUGGGAGAUCUGCGAAGAACCCCCUGUUUCAGGAGAAAGAUCUGACCUUGUGGGACCCAACUGGAGUUGUUUUUUCUCCCCAGAGGACUUAAUGAGACAUUAGAAAGAAAAAACCCUCACAUGUUUGAAGAACUGGGCCCCAAAACCCACUCACCCGCCUAAGCGACUUGGAAACCCUUCCAGUAAGUUCUGAUAAUAAAGCACUUCAGCGUCCCGUGUCUUGA